AUGAAGUCAAUAUGGAUGUUAUUAACUUUUCUCAGUCUGUACUGGUUAGUUAUUUUACCUAUCGUAACUAGUGUGGAAACAAUAACGGUCGGUACUGAUCCGAAAACGAAGAAAACGAAUCCAUACAUAACGAAGUUUCACGAGGGAGCCGGGUCUAGGCCGACGAAAUGCCAAAGUAAGCAUGCUUGUUUCCUAUUUAUUCGUAUUAAAUAAAACGGGCAAGUUUGAAACAAAUUUAUUUGCCUGGAAUUAGUACGCUUUACGAGUCAGCACUUUUCACAGAACCCAAGCUCCUGAUGUAUCUUUUAUAGCAACAUGUUUUUGCUGCCGCUAUUUUAAGCAGUUUUAAGGUCGCUUUACACAACAACUCAGUUGUACAGUCUUCAAAUAGCUUCUGGAGAGUGCAAUUAACUACUGAUUAAUGUGCUUUUUUUUCCACACUGUUCUAAAUUUUAAUUCUCUAUAGCUUUUGUCAUAUUAAUAUGCUUCAAUACUUCGCCAAUCUGUAAACGUAUGAAAAGCUCUUAGCGUUGCUACAACUGACAAAAGAAAUGGUUCCUAUUUGAUUGUUCUUUUACAGUUUGUCGCCUUAUGGUGACAGAAUUUCUUGAACGAAUGAAGAAAACAGAUCACCGGGAAGACAUACCUCGAGGGUACAUACUUGAAGACCUGGAGGACCACGAAAAGAAUAUUCAUUAUGAAAAAUCGUAAGUUAUGACUUCCUUAAUUUACAGUGUAGUUAAAAAAAUUGUUUCACAUACUGCAAUCUACACGUGAAAUACCGUGGAUGCAUUAAAUAGCACUUUCAUACCGAGCCUAUAUUUCGUCGAAAGCAGUGAUUGUUAAAAUUGCCCUUCAUUAUGGCCUCAAGAGUCAAGAUACGACCACAGAAAAAUGUAUUAACCGUACUAAAACUUUUAAAUAGCCUUUCCUUAGUCCUACAGCAAACAAAUCAAGGAGAGGAAUAAUUCAAAUAAUACACAGCAAUGCUUACACUCUCCCCAUCUUCCAGACUCGCUGCAUCUGGUAGAAAUUAGAUGGCUAUGUUACAAGCGUGGGCCAGAACAAAUCCAGCCAGCGGUCAGGGCGGGACAGGAACUUGGGAGCUCCGGAUUGUAAUUCCAGUGCUCCGACUGCUGCCUAUCCGACCUUUCCAAGUCGCUACAGCUGUCUAAUGAUGUUUCAUCGAUGUUCCCCGAUUAUUUUUUUAGGGAACUCCGACUGAUGGAUGUACUUGACGAUUUGUGCGACAGAAUGAAACUUUACAGCGCAAGGGCUGGGCCCGAAUUUCCUUAUAUUAAAGGAGGUAUGACCUGAAGUCAGCAGUUUAUGACUGAAAAUGUUACUUUGUGACAGAAUUUUGACUGCUAUGAGAUCACUGUUUUGUCCAAUUCAUUCGCAUGCUACCUUAACAACCUGAGCCGAGUUGUUCAAAGCUGGGUCAAGAUAACCCAGGGUUAGCGCGAGAUUUGAAUUCAGAUUUGAAAGCUUAAAAGGCAUUUAAGUUUUAGUUCUUUUUGUCUACAAGUUGAUGAUUGGAAGCUCUAAAAAUAGCACAGAAAAUUAUCCGAGAAAAUGCUUUUGAACACAAGAAAAAGAAACCAAGGUUAAAUUUAACCCCGGGUUAAGCGCUAAUCGGCCUUCGAACAACUGGGCCCUGGUACUCAAAACAUUUCCACAUUGCACCGGGAUCUCAUUAACUGUUAUAAGUGGUAAAAAAGGAGUCUGUAUAUAACGAGCCCACCAGUUACGAACACACCACGGUAUAACGAAUGAUUUUCUUUCCCGGAGUUGCAGUAAGUUUUAUGGGUCUCCAGAUAACGUGCUCCCAUCUUGAAGAACACUUUUAUCAGUUGCUGGGUAUCCUUGUAUAAAUAGCAAGAAAUAGGCUGUUUUUUUCCGCGAUGAAUCGAGUGAGAGAUUACACGAAGGCGAGUGAUAAUUUUUACUAAUAUUUUAUUACGAUUUCAGCUAAGAGUCAGCUUCGCGAAGUAAUGGAUGAUUUAACAAAGAGAUCCAAAGUAAAACUUAAUUAUGAAUUGCCAGAUGACGUCAUCGAGGACUACACUUACGAGAUUGGAAGACUCAAAUUUAAGGUGAGCAGCAACCUAGACCUGGGGACGAAGUUGGGUGAACAGAUUUCAAAAUCUACUCUAUCUUAACGGACACCUCCCGAAGACGAACAUCUUGCUGAGGCAGUAGUCAGCAAGAAUAAGUCUUAUUUUCGUUGUUUUUUUAAAAUCCGUCAAGUGACUCUUGACUCAUGUUGUUAUCUCCUAUUCGUUAUUUGCUCAUCUCCCGAUCCCAAAAUCCAUGUUGUUUGCAGCUCCUCCCCCCAAACAAUGUGAUUUCUCCUGGGUAUUGCAUUCGUCGUAAGCGAAAUUGAAAACAGCGCUUAUACAAAAUGCACUGAACAUCCCCCGACCCCCCUCCUGCCUGUGGUCAAGUUUUCUUGUAUGGUAUAGGACAAAGAUAGCUAUAAAAGACAAGAACACAAUGAAGAGAAAGGGGAAGAGAGACUCCCCCUUACCACUCUCUUUUUUAACACCUGUUGGCAGGCUACAAAUUCUAAUAUACAACGAGAUGAUCGAUUUUGCCAUAAACGCAUCUGUGAAAGAGACUUGAAAACAUUCUGGUUUAUUACUUUAUUAUAAUUUAAGAGAACAGAGCAUUUAACUUGUUUACAGCAGUUUACAAGUAAAAGGGUGCAGUGUUCUAAACUAGUUUUAUGAAAAGGGCACCAUUUGUCAGUAGAAGGUUUACGGAAGGGGUAUCUUCUCUUUCAAAAAUGGUAUAUACAAGGGUAUGGGGUUGGACCUAGGGGCGGAGCCUCUUCGUAUAAAACUUCGGUCAGUACCCCCGGGGAGCUCCGACGGACAAUAUUAUCACUAAAUUACUAAAACAGAACCUCAAGAAGAGAAUGACAACGGCCUUUGAUCUUGCCGCUUUUUAGGCUUUCCAUUAUCAGCCCCAGGGAUUUCUAUCAAGAGGCUACUUCUUCUCUUCCCGAGGGUAGUGGUUCGUUUGUAUUCAUCCGCAUGAUGUUUUUUUAAUUUAGUGUGUUCACAUGCUCGAGAUACAUGAAGAGGACAUAACACAGUGGUAUUUUGGUGAUCAAAAGGAGAAUCUCCUGGACUGGCUAUGCGUUGAACGAGUUCUGGACGAAAAUGAACAAGGUAAUUAUAAAAAAGGGGGGAAAUUUUUAGAUGGCUGCAAACCAUCACUCAGUCUUCCCGUCAUUAGAGCUGCGAUUCUUUUGGCUAGCGACACAGGGGCAGGGGAGUAGGAUGUCCUUCAGGAUGUUCGAUCCGUCAAGUAAGUGACGAAUCGAAGCGAACGAAAAUAACAUGGCUAGCCAAGAGAAAACUAAGUUAGAGGUGGAAAUAGCCUGCGAAAACAGCCUUCUUUCCUUACUUCUUGUGAGGGGAGAUGGCUCUACGGAAAUAGCCUCUUUCUGGUUCCCUCUUUGGUUAGCCGGUCGCUCUCUCCAGAUCUAUCCAGACUGCUUCAAGUCUAACUCCCAAAAGAUUUUCCCGCACAUAUUUCUCUCAUCGAAAUUGGCGUAUGUCUUGGUUAUUUUCUAGACUGCCUGAGUGCCUCGACGGAAAUGCCAGCGGACUAUUACUCGUUCAUGCAAGAUAACAAUUCGUCUGAACCAGUCAAGCCAACAAUUCCAGCGAGAGAAGAAAAACAUUGGGAUUUAUAA